GCGAGCUCCUCCCGGAGUGGGCGAACCUCCACGGCGGCCGCGCGCACCCCUGCUCGGUGCGACUCGAGGGCCGGCCAUGCUGCGGACGCGCGGGGCGGGUGUGGGCCCCCGGCUCCUACGGGCCGCGCUGGGCCUGGGGUCCGGGCCGGGGCCGGCGCGGGCGGCGUCGGGGGCGCGCGGGCAGAGCUGGCUGCAGCCGGCGGGCCACGACACCGGCGUCAAGGUGUACAACAGCCUCACCCGGAGGAAAGACCCCUUGAUUGUGGGCAGCGCGGACGCCGCCUCCUGGUAUAGCUGUGGACCGACUGUCUAUGAUCAUGCACACCUUGGCCAUGCUUGCUCCUAUGUUAGAUUUGAUAUCAUCCGAAGGAUCCUCACCAGGGUUUUUGGAUGCAACAUCAUCAUGGUGAUGGGAAUCACAGAUGUGGACGAUAAAAUAAUCCGCAGAGCCGCCGAGAUGAACGUGUCACCAGCUUCUCUCGCCAAUCUGUAUGAAGAGGAUUUUAAACAAGACAUGGCAGCCUUGAAGGUUCUCCCCCCGACUGUGUACUUGAGGGUAACUGAAAACAUUCCUCAGAUCAUUUCUUUCAUCGAAGGAAUCAUUGCUAACGGGCACGCUUAUUCGACAGCACAAGGCAACGUGUACUUCGACCUGCGGUCGAUAGGAGACAAGUAUGGCAAGCUGGUCGGUGCGGUCCCCAGUCCGGUUGGAGAGCCAGUUGACUCUGACAAGCGGCAUGCCAGCGACUUUGCCCUGUGGAAGGCAGCCAAGCCCCAGGAGGUGUUCUGGGCCUCUCCUUGGGGAAAGGGAAGACCCGGUUGGCACAUCGAAUGUUCCACCAUCUCAAGUCUGGUGUUCGGACGCCAGCUGGACAUCCACUCGGGCGGGGCCGACCUAGCUUUUCCACAUCACGAGAACGAAAUCGCCCAGUGUGAGGCCUUCCAUCAGUGCAGGCAGUGGGGGAAUUAUUUUCUGCAUUCUGGGCAUUUGCACGUGAAAGGCAAAGAAGAAAAAAUGUCCAAAUCGCUGAAAAACUACAUUACUAUUAAGGACUUUCUGAAGACCUUUCCCCCCGAUGUCUUCCGGCUCUUCUGCAUGCGGAGCGCCUACAGGUCAGCCAUUGACUACAGCGACGGCACCAUGCUCGAGGCCAAGCAGCUCCUCCUGGCGGCAGCCGCGUUUGUGGAGGACGCCCGGGCCUACAUGAAGGGGCAGCUGGUGUGCGGCCCCGUCAGGGACGAUGUGCUGUGGGAGAGGCUCCGCCACACCAAGGACGCUGUAAAGGCUGCGCUGGCGGACGACUUCGACACGCCCGCGGCGGUGGACGCCGUCAUGGACCUCGUUCACCACGGGAACAGACAGCUGAAGGCUCACGCUAAGGAACCCGGUGGUCCCAGGAGUCCAGCCGUGUUCGGCUCCAUUGUGUCCUACGUUGAACGGUUCUUCGAGACCGUCGGGAUUUCUCUGGCGGACAGACAGUCUGUUUCAGGGGACAGCAGCCGGGCCACUCUGCACAGCGUGGUGGAGGAGCUGGUCCGGUUCCGGCUCCAGGUCCGGCAGUUCGCCCUGGCCACAGGAGCAGCCACGAGGGAGGCCCGACGGCAGCAGCAGUUGGACAGGCAGCCCCUGCUGGAGGCGUGUGACGCUCUGCGCCGGGACCUCGUCACCCACGGCAUCAGCAUUAAGGACAGGAGCAGCACAUCCACGUGGGAGCUGCUGGAUCAACGGACGCGAGACCAGAGACCAGGGAGCUGACGGCCCCCAACACCGUCCUGAGCUUACGUGAAAGCUUCCCGUCGUGGCUGGUCGGUCAACAUUAAAAUCAAUCCAACCGAUACCAUGUGCCUGAAAAGUGGGUUUUUCGUGGUACCGAUGGCCUUACAUAGGGGCCAAACUGGUCCUGAUGCGGGCCCCCGGGGAGGACCAUGAGCCCUGAGCAGCGGAUGUAAGUCCUACAAGGGGUCCGGGGCUGUGGCCAGGGUCAAGCAGGACACAGUGGCCUGCACCUCGAGCACGGGGCGGUGCUGAACUAGGGAUGAGGACGCCCUGCCCUGCAGACGGGAGGCGGUCUUCCUAUGUUUGUUACAAAAGCAAAGUGUUGACCACAGAAAACCAGCGUGUGGUGGAUGCACUGGUCUGACCGCUGAGCAGGAGGCGGAACCAGCGCUCACAGCCUGCUCUCUGCCUGGCCAGGCCACGCUACUGUCCACUGUCGGGCUGGCACGGUCUGUGGCCGCGGUGGGGACGCUCGACAGCCGCACUCACUCAUCACUGACCUUCAUGACCCCAAAAGGUACUGGUGUCCUAUUCUGCAGGCAAGGAAACCCGCUCAGAGACGGAACUGCCAACAGUGACCCAGCUCGCACAAAGAUCCCACCUGGCAGGUAGGCCCUUGACGAGGACACCCAAACAGGGUCCCUUCAGUACAUGGGGAUCACACCGUCCCACGAUGGCCAGAGGCUGAACCUGGCCAUGCAAGUCCUUCCAUGCUCUGCUGUCUUGGUCUCGGGGUAAAAGCAUGCCCUUAGCUGGACCUUGUAGGUCCAUACGGGUUAUUUUUAAAUCAGCCACUGGCUACU